UGGGGUUUUAGGCUGGGUUUCUGUACAGCACUUUGAGAUAUCAGCUGAUGUACGAAGGGCUAUAUAAAAAAAUAAAUUUGAUUUGAUUUAUCACCACCUGUACUCUGACUGACAACCCCACCUACAUCUGGUACAAGAACGGACACAAAGUAAAGGAGGACACUUCCAGCCUGUACUCAGACUCCUUUAGUGAUGCAGAGAGUUACACCUGUACUGUAAAAGACCAUGAUAAUCUGCACUCUCCUGCUGUGUGUAACAAGUGUUGGAGUGUGACUUACACCAAUCAGAGUAUCUGUACCUUGAAGGGGUCAACAGUGGACAUAUCCUGCUCUUACACAUAUCCCAGUUACCAUGAGAUCAAAACAACUUUCUGGUUUACUAAAUGGGAGUCUGGUAUUGGUCCUAAAGAUCUGAGCUCAGUGCCAGGGUAUGAGGGUCAUAUCGAGUACCUUGGGCAUAAGGAGAGUGACUGUACCCUGAGAAUCACAGAACUGAGAUUGAGUGACUCUGCUGGGUACAGGUUCAGAUUCAUAACAUCUGGAGGAAAGUUUUCUGUCUCAGCUGUCUCCCUGACUGUCACAGAUGUUGUGUUGGAGAUGGAUCCUACAUCUGUGUCAGAGAGGGAGAAUGUCACACUGACAUGUAGAACCAAAUGUACACUGGACCCCAUCACAGCCUACAGUUGGUAUAAGAAUGGACAGCCUAUACCAAACAGCAACACCUACUCUCCUGUCUAUAUCCUAUUCUCAGUCAGCAGUGAGGAUACAGGUAGAUACUCCUGUGCUGUAGAAGGCCAUGAGGAUCUCCCCUCUGCUGAAGAGACUCUCACUGUCAGAUAUGGACCAAGGAACACCUCAGUGUCAGUCAGUCCCUCUAGUGAAAUAGUGGAGGGCAGUUCAGUGACUCUGACCUGCAGCAGUGAUGCCAACUCACCUGUGGACAAAUACACCUGGUACAAGAAGAACGUAACCUCACCAAAAGCAUCAGGACAGAGUUACAGCAUCACUAACAUCAUCUCUGAGGACAGAGGAGAAUAUUACUGUGAGGCCCAGAAUGGAAGAGGAUCUAUGAACUCUACAGCUCUGAUGGUCAUUGUAGCAGUGAAACAAACAGUUCUGACUGCAGCUGUAGGAAUCAUAGUUGUUAUUCUGGUUUUCAUCCUCUGUCUCUCUGGACUCAUGUGUUUCAGGAAGAAGGCCUCCAAAUCCACCUCUGACACAAGACACACAGCAGACGAUGGACAGGGAGACUCUGGUCCAGUGUAUGACAACGUCUCAAGCGUGGCCAUGAGCCCUACAGACAACCAGGAUGACAUUCACUACGCCAGCGUCCACUUCUCUCACUCCAAAAACCAGGAAGUGCCUCUGUACUCCACCGUCCAACUGCCUCAAACCCAGAAACAGGAUGAGGAUGUCCAGUACUCUGCUCUGAAAUUCAACCGCCCCACUGCUGCCACCUGACCCACAGCAGCACAAGCAUCUGAGGAGGACCCCUCUGUUUUCUACAGUACAGUCAACAAACCCAGAACCAAGAAGACCUGAACACAACAAACCCAGAACCAAGAAGACCUGAACACAACAAACCCAGAACCAAGAAGACCUGAACACAACAAACCCAGAACCAAGAAGACCUGAACACAACAAACCCAGAACCAAGAAGACCUGAACACAACAAACCCAGAAACAAGAAGACCUGAACACAACAAACCCAGAAACAAGAAGACCUGAACACAACAAACCCAGAAACAAGAAGACCUGAACACAAUAAUUUAAAUCAAAACCUUGUACACUGUAUAUACAAAAGUAUGUGGACACCCCUUCAAAUUAGUGGAUUUGGCUAUUUCAGCCACACCGGUUGCUGACGGGUGUAUAAAAUCGAACACACAGCCAUGCAAUCUCCAUAGCCAAACAUUGGCAGUAGAAUGGCCUUAAUUAAGAGCUCAGUGACUGCCCGUCAACUGUAAAUGCUGUUAUUGUGAAUUGUAAAUGACUACGAGCAACAACGGCUCAGCCGCGAAGUGGUAGGCCACACAAGCUCACAGAACGGGGCCGCUGAGAGCUGAAGCGCGUAAAAAUCAUCUGUCCUCGGUUGCCACACUCAGCACAAUAACUGUUCUUCGGGAGCUUCAUGAAGUGGGUUUCAAUGGCCGAGCAGCCCCACACAAGCCUAAGAUCACCAUGCGCAAUGCCAAGCGUCAGCUGGAGUGGUGUAAAGCUCGCCGCCAUUGGACUCUGGAGCAGUGGAAACGCAUUCUCUUGAGUAAUGAAUCACUCUCCACCAUCUGACAGGCCCACGGAUGAAUCUGGGUUUGGCGGAUGCCAGGAAAACGCUACCUGCCCCACUGCAUAGUGCCAACUCUAAAUAAUGGUCUGGGGCUGUUUUUCAUGGUUCGGGCUAGGCCCAUUCAUUCCAGUGAAGGGAAAUCUGUACGCUACAGCAUACAAUGACAUUCUAGAUAAUUCUGUGCUUCCAACAGUUUGGGGAAGGCCCUUUCCUGUUUCAGCAUGACAAUUCCCCUGUGCACAAAGUGAGGUCCAUACAGAAAUGGUUUGUCGAGAUCGACGUGGAAGAAUUUGACUGGCCUGCACAGAGACCUGAUCUCAACCCCAUCGAACACCAACUGCGAGCCAGUGUCCGAACUCACUUAGGAGAAGCAGAAGCAGGUUCUUAAUAUAACUGUCUGGUGACAAUCUCACUUUUUAAAGUUCAUAUUCUGUUAUCCUGUUAGGGCUAGGGGGCAGUAUUGACACGGCUGGAUAAAAAACGUACCCGAUUUAAUCUGGUUACUACUCCUGCCCAGUAACUAGAAUAUGCAUAUAAUUAUUGGCUU